ACCAUUUUGAAAAUGGCAAUACCCCAUAACUCUUUCUGGCUGGCUGGAAGAAACACGUUGACAUGUUAUUGGUGGUCCUUUUGUGUGUGGUUACCUGUGGGGCCAGCUUCCACGAGCAGUAUAGAGUGCCCCAGGCGUGUACCGACAAAUGGGAAUCCUUCAUCUAUGAAGACAAGGAGUAUGUCAUCCAGAACCUGCCUAUCACCUGGGAGAACGCCAAGAUCAUGUGCCGUGGCCACCAUAAUGGAACAUUGGCUAUACUAGAUACGAAAGAAAAGGCAGAAUUUAUUGCUGAAGCUUUAGCCGAAUCACAGUUUGUGAUUGACUCUGUAUGGGUUGGUGCUCGAAGGCAAGGUAGUGACGACCCAGAGGGUUACCGCUGGGGAAACCUACUUGAACUGCGUCGCACAGCUGAUGAUAUCAGAAGAAAUAGUCCAGAAGAUGUCGACCAAUAUCCAGCGUGGCAGAACCGAACCCACGUACCAGUCCCAGAGACUGGUGCCGACUGCGUCGCUGUUCAAAGGGUGUCCCACGACAGAGGAGUGUUCCUCGACCUUCCUUGUGAGCUGGAGAGACCGUUCGUCUGCGAAAAAGAGGCGCAGAAUCGGCAGUUUAUAAAGGAGCUCAAAACGGUCCGGUGCCGGACGGGGCUGUACCGGAUGUACGACGGACUGUUAGACUGGCAUCAGGCGGCUGCGUACUGUGUACUCAGGAAGAUGAGUUUAGCCAACAUUGCCACGAUGAAAUGUUUGAAGAAACUUGGCACUACGAUGCUGAAGACCAGACCAAGCAUUGAAAACGCGUGGAUCGGUGCGAAAGGAGAGCUCGGGAAGUGGAAUUGGAUAGACUCUGGAGCCAGUAUCUUUCUGCCUAGUCCUUAUAGCGAUGUGGAUAAAUCUUUGUGGCCGCCUAUGAGGGAUCGGACAUCAAUAAAACAAAAUGGCUGCCUCCAACUAGAUCGUCACGCGAACCACCCGCCGAUAUUCCUGGAGGCACGCUGCGAGAGAAAAAUGCAGUUUAUCUGCUAUCAAGGUUCACCAGCAUUGCGAACAGCUACAGCGCUACCUAGCGACGAUUCCUAUUACUACGUGCUCGUGAAACAGCUGCUAUUCUGGCAGCACGCUUACGAAAACUGCAACAAAAUGAACGGAUCCCUGGCCUAUCCGGAGACUUCGGAAAUAAUGACUCAGUUGCUGCUCCUAAUGGGAGAAAAUAAGGAGGAACCUAUUAAACAUAUCUGGAUAUCCGGCCGUUUAAAUAUAACGAAAGAUCUGGCGACGGAUGAUAUCAAAUACGGAUGGUACAACCCCAUUACCAACAAGGCCAUCCCAGAUCCGAAGACUCGAAUAAACCCGAAAGGAACUUUUGCGGCGCCGUGGCUAGACGAAGAGUUUACAAGAGACAACUCUUGCUUGAAUUUGGACAGGCAGGACCACUUGAAAGGACUCGUUUAUGGAUUGCCGUGUGAUACUCCUCAAUACUCGAUUUGUAUGAUUGAGAAAAGUCCUCGCGUAAAGCCAGGAAGUGCACCUGCCACUUCUACGCCGGCUAGCCCGCCCGUCCCCGACACGAUCGAAGUCCAUUCUGAGGGAUUAUUCAAAGAAGAUAACGCUGAUAAUACUAACAAAUGAUCAAAUUUACUAACUUAGGUUUAUUAUAGUCUUUAGGUAUUUAAGUAAAUGUAAAGAAAAUCGGUAUAAACCUGUUUCUUUAAUACCAAACUAACCAAUCUUGUCUAUCCGCAUUGGCCAUAAACUAUUUCGGUGUCAUAAUUGACAUUGUCUUGAAUGACGGAUAAAAUUUAGAAAGAUUUAUUCAUGAUACAAAAUAUAAUUAUUUUAUAAAACUACUACGCCGUUUCUUUAGCAGUUCUUUAUAAAAUAAUUAUAUUUUGUAUCAUGAAUACCUAAAUCUUUCAAGACAAUGUCAAUUAUGACACCGAACUUGUUUAUGGCCAAUGUGGAUAGACAAGUUUGGUAUUAAAUUUUCUUCUUGGUUAAGGUUUAUACCGAUUUCCUUUAUAUAAAUGUAAACAAAAUCUACCCUCAAUACGCUCUUUAAGUCACUUGAGGGUAAAUUAAAACAAUACACAACGAAAUAAGGUAUAAUACAGGUCGCUCAGUAACAGAUCCACUUGGUUUUGUAUUUGAUUGGUUAAAAUCAACAAAUUGUGUAACUACCCGAAAAUGUAUAAAUUAUUUAUUUUCGUUUUUUUAAGUACCUAAAAUUAGCUAAAACUUCAUAUAAUAAGCCAUAGACUAAUUACACCUGUAUAGGCGACCCCCUUGAAAAGUGCGCAACUCGAUCCUAGGCUUGGUCAUAGUCGCCAUCUAGCGGUGAGUAGCGGAAUUAUCAGUACUACUUACUCUACAUUUGUUAUAAUAGUAUAUCUCUCUAUUAGUUUAGUGAAAUAAAAUUAAGAUUUUAUUCAUAAUAAUUUAUGGGCCUCUCGGUAACAUACAUUUUUAAUAUGCAUGUCCAUAAGAUUACAUGUAUUCGUGACAAUAAGACAGCUCCACACCAUGCCAAUUGCCAAUACUCAAUGUAUGAAAGGAUAUUUUUACUUGCAGCGCCAUCUAACGACGAGUAGCUUAAUUUAACACACUAGGUUAAGACAUUUUUGUAACAACGCCAUCUGGCGCCGAGUGUCUGAAUACAAACUUAUUUAAAAAAGUUAAAUUUAUUUUUACUUAACUAAUUUAUCCUGACUCAUUAAUUGUUCACAUCUUAUUAGUGAAAAUAUGUAUCAUCAAUCUAUAAAUAUCUGCAUUUUUUAUGAAUUAUGUAUUUUCCAUGGAAAACAAAAUAACAAUAAAAUAAAAAUUGUUUUACAACAUUUUAUUAAAAACACUCAUUUGAUUUCAAUCAGUCAUAACAGCUACAAUGACAAUGCUUGGACAAUGCAGCAGUCAAUCAUCAAACAUCUUACAUAACAAUUCAAAUUGUUGAAAAAAAUUAAAAAAUUCUUUAUUAUUAAUAUAAUUCUUAGCAUAUGUAGUAUGUAUAGGACAAAAAAUGACAAAU